AUGAGGUUCAAGACGAUGUUCAACGGGUACUCCCUCGCGUUCAGCCCGUUCUUCGAGAACAGGCUCGCGGUGACGACGUCCCAGAAUUUCGGCAUCAUCGGAAACGGGCAGCAGUACGUCCUGGACGUCGUCCCCGGGCAAGGCUUGCGCGAGGUGGCGCGGUUCGAGACCGCGGACGGUCUCUACGACUGCUGCUGGAGCGAAGAGAACGAGAACGUCCUCGUCUCCGCGUCCGGGGACGGCAGCGUGAAGGUCUGGGACGUCGCGUCCGGGCCGCGCGCGAAUCCGCUGCGAUCGUUCGAAGAGCACACGCACGAGGUGUACGCGGUGUCGUGGAACCAAGUCCGACGCGACUGCUUCCUCUCCGCGUCGUGGGACGACACGGUGAAGCUGUGGAGCCUCCACGGGCCGCCGCGGAGCGAGCGGACGUUCGCGGAGCACGCGUACUGCGUCUACGCCGCGGUGUGGAGCCCGCAACACGCCGACGUUUUCGCCUCUGCAUCCGGGGAUUGCACCCUAAAGAUCUGGGACGUCCGGCAACCGCACAGCACGCUGACGAUCCCGGCGCACGAGUACGAGAUCUUAUCGUGCGACUGGAACAAGUACAACGACUGCGUCGUCGCGACAGGGAGCGUGGACAAGAGCGUGAAGUUGUGGGACAUACGGAACCCGCGGAGGGAACUCGCGGUGAUUCCCGGGCAUCAGUACGCCGUGCGAAGGGUGAAGUGCUCGCCGCACGACGAGGCGAUCGUGUACACGUGCUCGUACGACAUGACCGUCGCGGCGUGGAACUGGAAGAUCGCCGCGAGCGAGCCCCCGGGGGAUUCGUGCGUGAGGAGGUGGGGGCAUCACACCGAGUUCGCGGUGGGGUUGGAUUGUUCCGUGCUCGUGGAAGGGUUGAUCGGGAGUUGCGGGUGGGACAGCCAGGCGUGCGUGUGGCCGGCGACCGGCGACCCGGUGAGCUUUUGA